UGGGCACCCACCAAUAGUUGUGUUCCUGGGAAGAUGCCGCCAGCUUUGCCCAGAUUCUGAGUGUGGAUGCUCUCACUUACCCAGUCUUGGAAAACCAGGAUUUAAUCCCAGGAGGACAGAACUACCAGGACUGCAAUCUAAGGUCACUGGCUAGAUUUGAACAUCAGUCAAGGCUGCCUCCCUCAAGGCCGAGUCUUCGGUCUCCCCAAGAAGCCCGUUGCAGUUUGGCUUUGUUUUCAGUUGCUUCCCUGGAUGCCGACAUCUGGCUCUCCUAUCUCAAAGGCAUUCAGACGUUGCUCUUUCCAUUCCAGAUCUCCAUCACCCAGCCUGGGAAAUUCAGUGCUGAAGGCAUGAAUGGGCAAGGACAGCCGUAGAAGGUUGAAAGGGUUCACACAUGACACUAAGAGACACCAUUUCCUUAACCAUAGUUUGCUGUAUAAGCUACAGGUUGACCUACACAUUUCUUCAAAAAUAAACAACAUGACAUUCUUCUGCAAGGUGCUGCUGGCCUUCUGGGUCCUAUUUGAAGGGGUCUUGGCAGGACCGUGGAGCGCCUGGAUGCCCGAACACAUCACUGCCUUUGAAGGCACCUGUGUUGUUAUCCCCUGUCGCUUCAGCUACCCAGAAGAGCUACGUCCAGCAACCAUCCAUGGCAUCUGGUACUUCAACAGUCCAUACCCCAAGAAUUAUCCCCCAGUGGUUUAUAAAUCCCGCACCAACAUUGUCCAUGAGAGCUACGCUGGACGCAGUAGACUGCUGGGAGAGCUAAAUUUCCGCAACUGCACCCUGCAGAUCUCCCGUCUCAACCCUGAAUUCACAGGGAAGUAUUACUUUCGGGGAGACCUCGGUGGCUACAAUCAAUAUACCUAUCCAGAGCACUGCAACCUUGAGGUCAUCAACAAGCCCACAAUUGUGAAUCCUCCAGAAGUGGUGGAGGGUUCAGAAGUAGAGCUGCGCUGUGAGGUGCCUGACAAUUGUCCAGACAUGAAACCUGUCAUCACGUGGAUGAACUAUGAGAAUUUAGCUGAACAUUCAGUCUAUGCACAAAUAGAGGAAGAAGGUGGCAUUUGGUCACUCAUCUCCAUCCUUAAGUUCCUACCAGUGCGUGAGAACCACGGCCAUGAGGUGGGCUGCAAAGUCAGCUACCCCAACACCACUUUUGAGUUUGAGGGCUUCUCGACACUGGAUGUCAAAUAUCCACCCCGUAUCCUGCAAGUGAACUCCUCCGUGGAAGUCCUACACGGUUCUCAUGUGUUCUUGUUGUGUAUUGUGGACAGCAGCCCCAUAGCCAUGAUUACCUGGCUCCGAGAAGAUGAAAUUCUCCAUGAGGACUUAGCUGGGAACCUCACGCUCUACCUCGACAAUGUAACACACCUGCAGGACGGCAUCUACACUUGUGUGGCAGAGAACAUUUAUGGCAAAGACAACCACUCCCUUGCCUUGUCUGUGCUGUAUGCUCCGUGGAAACCAGUAGUCAAUGUAUCAGUGGUGGCCAUUGAGGGAGAGCCUCUAACUAUUUUCUGCAGCUCACAGAGCAGCCCUGAGCCAACGAUCACCAUCUUCAAGGAUAAGAAGGCGUUAGCCAUGGGGAUCUACCAAAACCAUGUGGAGUUGGAGUUUGAAUCCGUGUCGCAUGAAGAUGAUGGUGAAUACUGGUGCACAGCAGAGAACCAGUUUGGCCAGAGCAGCACUGCUUUCAAUCUCACCGUUGAAUUUGCUCCCCGUAUUCUUCUGGACUCCAAGUGCACUGCCGCUCGGGAUACAGUGAAAUGCAUCUGUGCAGCCAAGGCCAACCCAGAAGCUAUGAUCACCUUUGAGUUGCCCACUCGCAAUGUGACGGUCAAUGAGACUGACCGGGAGUUUGUGUACUCCCAGAAAACAGGCUACAUUGUCACCAGCAUCCUGACUGUUCAGAGGGAGGUGGACUCUCAGCUCUACAUAGUCUGCUCUGCCAGGAAUCUCUACGGCACCAAGAACCAGCAGCUCCAGUUCCAUCACUCCAACAGUCUGAUGUGGGCGAAGGUUGGACCAGUGGGAGCGGUUGUGGCCUUUGCCAUACUCAUAGCUGUGGUGUGCUAUGUCAGCCAGGCCAGAAAAAAAAAAAACAAUGAAAAUCCUGGUUUUGGGCAAACAGAAAACCCUCCUGUUGUGUACAGCGGAGACUACAGGACUCCAGGCAAUCUGGAAAAAUCAGAGUAUGGGCGCUGUGACAAGCGGCUGUUGAACAAGCGUGAGGACCUGGGGAUUGAUUAUGCCAACAUAGACUUCACCAAAUUGUCCACCAAGGACAAGUACACCCUGACGGAGGAGUUGGCUGAAUAUGCUGAAAUCCGAGUCAAGUGAGGCUUCUUCUCACCACGGCCUUUCUUCCCACUGGAACUAUAGUAGUUGAAUGAAACCCCAAGCCGUCACCAUCAUUGAGCUGGCCAUCCAUCAUCUCUCAGGGGACUCCACACUAUCCACUGUUUUUGAUAUUCUGAUGUUCACACUCCAAAAUAUGGGGUGGAUUUUCAUUCCCUGGAGAGUACAUACUGAAGAUCACACUAACACGGAUUAGGUUCCCUUUUUCUCUCUCACAUACAAACCCCACAAGUAAACACUUGCCUUUUGGCCAGCCAACAAGUUAGUUACAGAAUGGUAAGAGGGCAGCUCUUUCUGCUUCUGCUGUGGUAAAUUCCUAAAUCUUGGGAUACCUAGUCUAAUUUGCUAGCAAACGAUCAAAGUAGAACAUAAUUCCAGGUCAUAAUCAUAAGGAUCAAACUGACAAAUCCAGAAUAGCUGUGUUCUUAGGUAUCCCUCCAUCUGAUGGGGUUCCAUGAAAGAGGCUGGGUUUCUAUGAGAAGUCAAUGGAUUGGUUUUCACCACAAUACCCAAGAGCCUUGAUCUUUCUUAGCAAGGCUGAUGAACAUAAGCAGUAGAGUUGGUUCUCUAUCUGUCCAAUAUUCACUUCACAUUCCAGAUUCAAGCUGGAAAAAAAUCAAAUUGUAGUUCACAUGACUUAAUAACUCUACGCCUUUAUCUUUAACAAAAUAAAAAAGAAAGCAGGGGAUGGUUUAGGCGCAUCAUUUAUUUCUACAUGUAUAAGACAGUGGACAUUUACCACCCUUUUCUGACUCCAGCAUCAUAGAUUUCAGGUUAAAAAGAAACAAAGUGAUGAGAUGACCGAAAACAUCACCUAGUGAAUUCUAGCAUCUUCAGUGCACCAACUAGCUAUGGUUGAAGAAAUAUAAAGCCUGCCCAACUGCUGUCCUUUUGACAUAGCAAUGGUUGGGUGACUCUAGACGACGCUAUGAAUUACUAGCAUGGAAAUGACCUGUGAUUCAUUGUCAAGCCAUUUUUACCAGAUAUAGGUAAUGUAAAAUUGGAUCUAAGCAUAUCUGUUAAGUAGAGGACUAACUUCUGUUUCCUAGAAUAUAUGUUCUGUUUCAUCAAGGGUUUCCUUCUGCACCCCAUAAUAGUCCCCAGUGAUACAUUCCCGUUGUUGUUAGCAUGACUAAUGAAAGUGCUGUGUGUUUUGCUGAGCAAUUGGAUAUUGUAUUCUGUAGCAUUCACUCAGUUCUGUCUGCAGCUUUACCUUUUGAGAAAAAGUGCCCUUUCCAGUAAGUAAAUUUGUUGGGCAAAAGAUCUUCUCUUUCCUCUUCUUGUUCAAUCUCAGGAAAACAGAAGGCUGAUCUCUGAUGUUUUAAACCCAACAAGAAUCCCAUUGGUUUUGAUGACACUGGAAGGUUAUGGAAGAAAUAUCUUGGGUCUUUCAUUAUUUGCUGAAGACCUAUGAUUAUGUUGAAAACCUUGACUGUUCAUCCUCAUGGUCAUAUAGUAAAGCUUUCCAAUCAUAAAGCAGUUUUACCUACAUAAAUAGUGGGCUUUGCUUCACUUGAUGUGUUCAAGCUGGGGCAAGAUAACCAUUUUGGGAGGAUUUAAUUUAAAAACCUGCACUGAGUAAGAGGUUGAACUUGAUGGUUUAAAUGGCUUUUUCCGUGAUGUUAUGGACAUCCAUUUGGGGUAAGGAGAAAUGGAAAAGUGAAAAAGCUCUCUUGACACUUUCUCCAAAAACUACAAUAAGAGAAUAGGUUGAUUUACAGCCACCCAAAUGUGACUGUUAUAUGUUACGGGCACGAAGAUGUUAAGUUCUCCAAAGCUUUUAAGUCUGUGAACAUUCAAAAGCUGCUCAUUUUGGUGAGUCUGUAUGAUUUUUGGAGAAACAGAGACCAUUAUCAGCCAGAAAAUGAAGUCAAAAUAUCUAGUAAGCAUUAUUCUUUUUAAUUUCCCCAUUCCUUUCUUUACAUAGGUGGCUUAGCAACAAGUGUCAGUGAAAAGGGGACAGAAUAACUAGGAUUUCAAGUAUCUGAAGCUUUUCAUGUUUUUAAAAAUAAUCUCAGGAAAAGUUUUUACUUCUUGAAAAGUCCCCAAGUCUAUUAUUGCAUUGAAGUAAUGUUUACAAAAUCAAAUUCCACCUUUGGUUUGGUUUUUAAAUCAAGGUUCCUCCCAAAUCCCCAUCUGUUCCAACACACACAUAUCCUGUGUUUUUGUACUGUACAGAAAAAGAUACUGUAUUUUGCUGAUUAAGCAGUGGUUGAAUCAUUGUUUUAAAAAGUUGUCAAAGUUGGUAAUUCAUGAUACCCAGCUGGGAAGGAACCCCAUCACUGACUUAAUGAGAUGGUGUUCCAAUUCGUGUUUGUGAAGAAAAACCAAAAAAGCUAUAAUUGUCAGCUGGCAAGCUAAUUCCAAUCUCCUAACAAGAAUAACAGCUAACAUUUCAGGCAAAAGCAUGGUUUUAUUUAUUGAAAAAGCACAUUUUUUUUAAAAAAAAAUAUUUCAUUAGAAGUCGGGGUUUGUGGGGUAAAAAGUUGGAAUCUAGUUACGUGACCUAAAGAUCUGGCAGUUUUGUCAAGGAUCAGUUCAGCUGACCUAAGUGAAAAUUACACAUUAGGUCAAGCAUGAGGAAACCUGUAGCACUCCACAUAGUUAAGACUAUACCCAUCCGCCCUAGUUGUGACAGCCGGUGGUCAGAAAUGACGGGGAAUCGAUGUUCUAUAAUAUUUUCGAUAGUAAUAAAGUCCCCAUCACUGUCCUUGUAGCUAUACUUUGAAUGCAGCUCAGGAGCAACAAUUGAGAAUAAGUCUCAUUGAACAGAAUGGUCCUUAUUUCAUACAAGAUGGGAUUUUAUUGGUGAGGUAUUUACUAAGGGAUCAGUUGUACUAGUGGUAGAAGUAUAUCUUGAAGACUGAUAGAAGUAAAAAAACUCUAAUAAUCUUCCCAUGAGUAAACAGAGCAGCCCCCCAAAAUACCUUAGGGUAUGUGGUUGAAACAACUGUUGAGCGGGCUGAGAAGCUUUUUCACUUCUGAUCAAACAGGUUCCACAGAGUUUUGGACCUCUGCCAGCUGGUGAAUUUGCUUCUCAAAUUCAAGAGCAGGCUGAAGUAUCUAAAAAUGAUCCUCUGUCUCGGUAUUUUAAAUCCUUUGUACCAGUCCAAUUUUAUCAAAGAGUAAGGUUCCUUAAAGCAACAGUAUUGGGGGGGGGGAAAGGCUUUCUCCCUCCGAUCCCUGGGUUUAAACCCUGCAUUCAGUCAUGAAAAUAUGAAAAUAGUCCUGCUGGAUCAGGCUUAGGCCUCUCUAACCAGCAUUCAGUCUCACUCCAUCAGAUGCAAGUAGGAAACCCACGGAUAAGAGGUCAAGGUAGGCCUCUUCUCCCACUGCUGCUCCUGGGCACCCAGUAGCAUGUGGAGAUAGAUUGUCCCAUGCCUGAAAGCAGCAUCAAGGCCAAAGGCCAUUGAUCUAAGAAUUAGUCUCACAUCCUUUGGAAGCCUUACAAACUAGUGGCUAAGAUCACAUCUUCUGGCAGCAUAUUUCCCAGCUUUAUAACUUCUGUAGUCCUCUGAUCAAUGUUAAUUCUUUUGCUAGUAAGUGUCCUUGAGUAGCCUCUAGUUCCAAUGUUAUAGAUAAGGAGAAAAAUCUCUCCUGUUCAUCUUUUCUUCACCAUGCAUCCUUAUAUAAACCACAAUCAUAUUUCGAAAGUAUCUUUUCUGGGCAAUUCUAAGAUGUGUGGACUUCAACUCCCAGAAUUCCUCAGCCGGCAUCCUGAAUCCACACAUCUUAAGAGUUGCUAAGGUUGAGGAAAAACUGCUCUAAACAGUUUCAACCAUUGCAUCCCAUCCUCAUUAGAAGUCUGCAUCUGAUGGCCUUCUGCUUCUUAGGAGGCAGCCAAGCCUAGAGGACACCUGCAUUUGUCCAACUUUUAGAUCUUGUUUCUCCCAACUUCUGGAAAUGUUGGAUCAAAUAUGCUGAAUUAUAACAGCCAUCAUCCCCAACCAGUAACAGUCUCUUCAAACAGGCUUGGAGAUUGGGGAGUUGUAUUACAUUGCUUCUGAGGAACAACAGGCUAGUAAGAUGGCCAUUUACAUUUUUUUUUUAAAAAAAUCUAUCUGCACAUGGGAUUCUUUUCUGGGGCUUUCCUAUCUUUGCCUUGCAAAAGGAAAUUUUUCUCCACUAGGAAAUGCUUUGGAUUAUAAUCUUUCAAAAAUAUUUUGAAACUGAAAUGAAUCCUUUGGGUAUCAGGAGAAAGUUAAUCUCUCAUUAAAGCACUUCUGAAACAGGGUCUUUACACUGCUCCCAAAUCAACUCAGAUCUGAUAUUCUGAUGCUGUUGCCUGCAGUCAGCAGCUAAGCUGUAUCCCAAACAUGCAAUAAGUAAAUAAAUGAACAAAAUAAAUCGACCUUUUCUUUUGUGAGAUCGAAGCCCUACAGAACUUGCAGAUGGUUUGCUUUCUUAUUGGGAGAAUGAGUGUCUCAUUUCACUAUCAUUUGAUGUUUAUAGUCUGAAUGUUCAUGGUCCUAAAAGAGGGAUGGUGGCUUGCCAGUUAUACAGAUCCCUCUCAUAGAAAUCAGUCAGAUUUUUUUUCAAAUGUCCAAAGUCAACUGCUGAUUUACUUUUAAAACACCGCCAGAAUUGGUUGAAAUUGUUAUGAAUUUUAAAAUCCUUAGUAUUUCAUCUCAGGAAAGCCCUGUUGCUUUCCUUUUCACGGCAAGGGAUAAGUAGAUGUGCAAAAUUCUAGGCGGUUCUCCACCCACUGACUCCUCCUAAAUGGAGUAUGGUUGUUUCCAAUUUAUUUUUCUUUUUUCUCGUUUGUCAGAUGCCUGCUAGUUUUUAUUGUUCCAUAAAUUUUCCUUUCAUCCUCUCUCUCCUCAGCCUCUCCCCAGCAACUUGUCUGUCCUGCAGCCUAGAUUUUUUUUCUCUUCCUUUCCAGCAGUAUGCAAUCAUGACUAUAGUUAUUAGUGAGAUGGAUGGGAAUGAUUGAUUGCAAAACUGUUUGCAUGCUAUCCUUUCAGCAUUAUAAAUAGCAAGAGUCUUUAAAACUGAUCUUUAUUUUUUGCAAAUGCUUUUUCCAAGGUGAAUGGUGGUGGGAGGGAAGACAUAAGGAGAGAUACAGUUUUCAUUGCUCCAAAAUUGCAGUAUCUUAAGAUGGGGCACUUGUUGAAUUUUCUUUCUUUCUUUCUUUUUCCUUUCUUUCUUUUUCUUUCUUUCUUUCUUUCAUUCAUUCAUUCAUUUUUCCUUCCUUUUGUUCCUUCCUUCCUUUCUUUCUCUUCCCCUUCCUUUCUUCCUACCUUUUUGCCUUUUUUUCUUAUAUUUUUUGCCUGUAAUCUGAUUUUAUGAUGGGCAGAUAUUACAAAGUUUGCAAGUUAAUGUCUAUUUCUUUGGAUGUGGGAGAAAAAAAUGUGGUAUGGAAUUGCCCUUAUUCUCAAAAUUGACAUUUGUUUUUGAAUGUCAUGUUAAAAUUCCUGAUUCUGAAAACAUAUUACUUGUAUAUCUUGAAUCCAUUUCUUCCUUUUCUUCAAAGAGAAGCCAAUAUCCACUAAGCUCUCCAAGAUUAUUUUUGAGAAGACAUGUAGAACAGUGUUUCUCAACCUUGGCAAUUUUAAGAUGGGUGAACUUCAACUCCCAGAAUUCCCCAGCCAGCCAUGAAUCAGAAAAAGCACAUUAUCAGCUUUCCAAAUUCAGCUGAAUGGUAUGGGGAAAGGAUUGCAUUUGAGUGCACACUUAGAUAAGAGGCAGCAAGGCAGGAAAGAAGCUCUGGGCUGGGCAUGGCAGCUUUCAAAGAGUUUCUAACAUCUCAGAAUUGGGUCUGUGAUUCCCUCCAAUCCCCACCCCCUGCCCACACUCUCUCCUGCAUUUGUAUCUGAAUAGGUUCAACUUUAAUAUAUAUUCCAAAUAAAUUAUUACAUUAUGUCCUUAGCUUUGGAACUUGCAAGCUUUAUUGCAUUUCAAAUGUAUGCAUUUACAAAGAUUUUUCAGCUUCAAUGCAUAAAUGUUGUGGUUGUUUCAUGUCAUGUAUGUUAUCCUUCCUUUUGUUGACAAAGAUAGCAAGAGGGUGUGUGUCCGUAGCAGAUUGUACUGUAAUUUAUUUCUGUGAUAGGCACUUAAUAGGGCUUCCUUAAUUAGCAGGUCUGACUGUAAAUAGACACCAGACAGAGCAUUUUCAACCCACAUACAAUUUGCUUUUGAAUUUUUUUGUUUAGCAUCUUUUCUCAUGUAUCUUACAUGGAAAGGAGCAAGUAAACAUAUUUCUAGGUGUGAAUGUGUUUCAGACAGAAUUAAAUCUCUGCAGUGGUGUCUGGAUAAGCAGACAAAGAAUCUGAAGAUGAACUCACCUGUCCAAUGUGCAGUAUUAAUUUAGGAAAACGCUGGGUUUUUUUAUGCCUGUAGUCCCACAAUACAGCAAAUGUCUAAUGACUUUAAUUCCUCUGACUUUGUAUCUUCAAAGAAAUAAAAGGUCUUUUACAAAUCCAUAUUCCAGCCCAUCUCCUUGAAUAGCAUCUUCAGAUACAGUAAUCAAAUCAUCACUCUCCAACUAGAGACAACCAGUGGCAAAGCUGGUUUCAGAACAGUAAUUGUUUCCUGAACAAACUCUUUAUUAUUUUCUUUCCCUGCAUCUUAGUUUUAUUGAGGUUAUUUUAGAAUUGGUUUGUGCCCAAAUCCCCUCCAACACACUUCACUUUUCAAUCCUAAUGAUAAUAAAUAUUUUCUUCAUUUAAAAAAACAGUUCUUAUGUGGAUGAAUAUAUGUUUCACCAGAAAGAGAAUUGCUUUUCAAACCAAUGGAUAGAAAGCCAAGGUUUGUUCAUCAUGCUGCCAUGGUUUGUUUUUUUACCAUAAAUAUACAGAAUAAGAAAGACAUUGGGCUUUUCAUAUUUUUUAAGACUCUGGUGUCUCUUUAUUUUUUUUCUAAUUGACUGUAAAUCACCCUUCUUGUGCUAGUUUUGGCCAUAAUAAAAAUUUCAUUUGAUUUGGCA